CGCAGGAGGAGUUCAGCAUAGACAUAUAUAAAUAUAUUAUAUAGAUAUAUAAAUAUAUGUAUAUGGAGUUCAGAACCUGAAUCUUCAAGUGAAGAACUACCAUGAAGCCAAAAACGGCUUAAAAAACACACUAACCACCAUGCUUUGCAGCGGAGAGACGUUACCUGUUGCCUGGCAACGCCUCCAAACUGACUCGGUCUUGGGGAGAAGGAAAAUUGCAGAGCCAUAUUUUUAAAAAUACGCUAAAUACGAGCCAAAGUUAAGAUCUAAAACCUGAGCAGCAGAUGACGAAAUGUCGGAGGAACACACAGCCCCCGUUGGUGAAGAGGCUGAGAGCACACAGACAGCCUCACAGGAGAACACUGGAGGAUUUGACAGUGAAAACCCAGUGAUGGAGCAGGAGGCUGAAGAGGAAUCUGAGAAGCAGCUUUGUCCAGAGAAGAACUACAAGUAUGAGGAGCUUCACUCCAGACCGUUCAUCACACCUGACUCUGAAAUCCCAGAGAACCUUCUGCACCUUUCUCACUCCUUUGGUUAUGACAGCGGCCGCAGGGGGAACCUGCAGCUGCUGGAUGACAGAACUCUGAUCUUUAUAGCAGGAAACCUGCUCAUCCUGCUGGACAUUUCCACCAAGGAGCAGAAAUACCUUCGCUCCUGCAGUGGAGGAGGAAUUGGAACCAUCACCGCACACCCUUGCAAGGAGUUCUUUGCUGUAGCCGAAAAGGGAAACUACCCGGACAUUAUAGUCUAUGAAUAUCCCUCGCUACGUCCGUACCGCAUCCUCAGAGGCGGAACAGAGAAGGCAUAUAGCUGUGUGGAUUUUAACCAUGAUGGGGAGCUGUUGGGCAGCGUGGGGAGCGCACCCGACUACAUGCUGACACUGUGGAACUGGAGGCAGGAGGAGGUGAUACUGAGCUGCAAGGCCAUUUCUCAGGAUGUCUACCGACUCAGUUUCUCCCCAUACAACCCGGGUCUGCUCACAUCAUCAGGAUCUGGACACAUCAAGUUCUGGAAAAUGGCUGGCACCUUCACAGGUAUUAAACUGCAAGGUCUUAUGGGCCAUUUUGGGAACACUACGGCAACUGAUAUUGAGGGCUACGUGGAACUUCCUGAUGGAAAGGUGGUGUCUGGCACAGCCUGGGGCAACUUGCUGCUGUGGGAGGGGAAUGGCGUCAAGGUGGAGAUUUGCCGCAAGGGGGGAAGGAACUGUCACACUGGGAUUGUCCAGCCUUUUACCCUAGAAGAUGGACAGCUGAUGACGUUUGGCUCUGAUGGAGUGGUCCGGGGCUGGAACUUUGAGAGCAUUGACAUUGCUGACAGUAGCAGUGACAGCAGCAGGUUUGAGAUGGAGCCACUGAACGAGAUGGUGGUGGGACACCACGUGCACCUCUCCUCUGUGGUUAAGAGCCCCCUGCCUGAAUCCAACAUUUGGUUUGCUCAGGAUUCCAGCGGAGCCAUCUGGAAACUGGACCUUUCAUUGACUUACACGACUCCUGAUCCGGAGUGCCUGUUUACCUUCCACGCCGGGCCGAUCCGGGGCCUGGACGUGUCGAGGAAAUCCCACCUGAUGGCCACUACUGCUGCCGACUGUUCAGUCAAAGUUUUUGACUACCUAGCUAAAAGAGAACUAACCACCAGUCGCUUCAAUCUGGGUGGAACUGCUGUCCGCUGGGCUCCACCUUUGGUCGACCAGAGUGGAGGUCUGUUGGUGACAGGCUUUGAGGAUGGUGUGGUCCGGUUACUGGAGGUGUACAACCCUCAGAGGCUGCAUGUGCUCAGUGGGCACUGCCGCAAAGGAGAUGCCAGGCUGCGCCUCAAACAGGCCUUCAAACCCCAUAAUGCCCCAGUCACUGCUGUUGCUUAUGAGCGAAAUGGAGAGAUCUUAGCAACAGGGAGCUCAGACAGCACUGUGUUUUUCUUCACGGUUGGAGAAAAAUACAACCCCAUUGGCUUUGUCCAGGUUCCCGGGCCGGUGCAGGCCCUGGAAUGGUCGCCUCAUUCCCACAGUGAAUGCAGGCUGCUCAUCCUGUGUCAGAAUGGUCACGUGGUUGAGGUGCAGAGUCCUGACCCAGAGGCCCAGAGGCCGACCAAAACCUUCCAGCUGCCUGAACAGACCAGCAGAUAUUUCAGGUUCAGGAGCAUCAAAUCUCAAAUUAAGAGAGAGGAGGAAAUUGCAAGACGUCAAGCUGUAAAGGAGAAGAAGAAGAAAGAGAGAGAAGAGAGGAUGAAAGAAUCAAUGCAGCUGGACACAGAGGAAGAGGAAGAAGAGGAGGAGGAAGAAUUGCCUGCUCUCUACAUCCCAAACCCUCCGAGUCCUCUCUACUGUGGCUUCUACUCCCAGCCUGGACAGUUCUGGCUCUCCAUGGGAGGCUUCGACGCAGGUUAUUUGUAUCACUGUAAGUUCUCUGAGGAGCAGGACCAGGACCCAAAACAAAGACAGGAUGAGCCCUUUGACUUUCUGCCUAUUCAGAACGCGGAGAAGGACCCAAUUUGCUCCAUUACCUUCAGCUCCGACAGACAGCUGCUGUUCUGCGGCAUGUACUCAGGUUGCAUCAGGGUUUACCCCCUGCAGUCCGGUGACCACAGCCUCACCUCCAUGCAGGCCUACUGGGCUCUCAGCGUCCACGACAACGAGUACGGGCACCUGUGGCACAUUUGCUGUGGCCAUGACGACCACUUUGUGCUGACGGCGGGAGAUGACGGGAACAUCUUCUCCUUCAGCCUGCUCCCUCCAGAGGAGCUACAGAAAGGCCUGCAGAAGAAAAGGGCCAAGGUUCCUUCACCCCGGGUGGGUCUUGAGAAUGAGGCGUUAGCGAAGGACAUUGAGGACCCAGCAGCCUACAGUAUAGAGACAGCUAAGCAGAAGCUGGAGAAGGACCGUCUGCGUCGGGAGGCCGAUCUGAAGAUUGCCGCGAAGCAGAAGAAGCUGGCUGAGCUCCAGAAGAAGUUCAAACAGCUGCUGAACAAGAACCAGAGUCUGCCGGAGCACGUUCGUCUGACACCUCAGGAGCUGCAGCUUGACCACCGUUUCAGUGAGCAGACAGAGAGGGUGAAGGCCCAGCGAGUGAGGGAGGUCAGAAAGCUCAUGGCCUGGGAGGAGGAGCGCUGCAGCAUAGCACUCCGCAAAAUUCAGGACUGGUUCAGGGACUCUCUGGAAACCGUGGUCACUGUGGUCGCAAUCAGGACCGACCACAGAGUCUACACCUACCGUCUUCCGGUGCUCACCGAGCUUUCAAACCAGCCUAGACAUCAGAGCAGACCUGACAGUGAUGCAGCUGCUGCACCAGAGCGCAGAAGAUCCAGAGCCGAACCUGCAAAUGACAGCAGCAAAUUAGAAGAGGAGGAGGUGUUGCGCCAGCCGAAGGCUAGACCAGCUGGCGUAAAGCUCGGGAAUCGGCAGGUUGAGAGGCUUCGAAGGGUUGCAGAGAAAGCAGAACAAGCUCGAGCCAAGAUAGAGAAGAGGAAACAGGAGUGGGCCCAACUUUAUGCAGAGAAGCCAAGUGAGAACUGCGAGGACCCACAGGAUGUACAGGCCAUACGUGAAGCCAAAGAGAACAUCGGGGACUUGAAGCUGAAAUCUGCCAAAGACUUCACGGUGCCCAAACACCUGAGGAUGAACACUGAGAGGAAGAGAGCGCAGCUGAUUGGCCUGGAGGAAAAUAUCCGUGGGAAGCAGACAGAGAUGAAUGAACGGAUCAUGGCACUGCGGGACUCCAAAGUUCGCCUGGUGUCUCAGUUGCGAGCUCAGGCUCAGCAGGUUCAGAGGGUACAACGGCGUCUUGCAGCCCAUCUCCGCCGCCCUCCACCUGUCCUGCCCAAUAUACUACCAGAGGAAAUCCCAGAGAAGAGGUUGCACUACAGCAAAGCCACCCUGGAGCGAUACCGGGUUCUAAGGGAAAAGAGCCUCCAGACCAUGGAUCAAGAGGAGCAGGAGGGAGUUAUGACUCUAUUGGAGCAGCUUGAGAAACAGAUGGAAGGAGAGGAAGGAAAAGAGGAGGAGAGAGGAGAGGAAGGGACUCCCAGCCUGUUAGCUUCAUCUGUAGCCAGAGAAGAAGAAGAGAUGGCUGUAGAGGAAGGAGCAGAGCUGAGCGACCUGGAGAAGGAACUCAAGACGGAGGAGGAAAUCAGACUGCUGCACGCGCAGGACUGUCUGCUGGAGCAGAUGGAGACCUCAUUGUGUGAGUUUGAUGCAAAGCUCCGGCUGCUGCGUCAUGAGAAGCUGCGUCUGGACUGGCAGCUGAAGCAGGCCGACCUCUGUCAGCUGACACUCUACCAGGAGCUGAUGUUCCUCCAGGAGUUCGAGAGGACAGAGGAGAGCCUGCAGGAGAAGCUCAACGAACAACUUAAGGAGGAGAGUACCGUAAAGAUUAAGCUGGAGGAGUGUAAUGAAGAGCUGGAGCUGAUGCAGGAAGAGAUAGUCAAGCUGGAGAAGAGAAAGAAGACCCUGAAUUCUGCUUUUGAGGCGUUGCUGGGUUUGGAGAACAAGUUUGAAGAGGAGCUGACCAAAAUCUUCAAGAAGAAGAUAAAACGUGUUAAGAAGAGCGAGCAAACAGAAAGUAAAGAAGGAGAGGAGGACAGUGAUGGAGACUAUGACUGGGAUAUUGGUGACCAUCAUGACAGCGAUACAGAUGAGGAAGAAGCUGCUCAGGACUGUGUUUGCCCUCAAGGCUGUGACCGCGACCUAUUUGAGGAAACACUGCAGAUGCGUGAGCGUCGGCUGGAACUGGAGGAACUGCUGGCAGAGAAGAAGAAGAGCGCUGAAGCUCUUAAGACGGAGUGUGACACCCUCGCCAAGAAGAAGAAAUCUUUGAGGAGCAAGUGGAAGGAAGCCAGGGACAGCUUGGACAGAGAUAAACAGCAAAAAAUGAAUGAACUGGAUGUGGUGGUUCCUCUCAGACUGAACCAGAUUGAGUUUGUCAGUAAUGGCACGGUGCCAUCUGACCUGAGCCCAGCGUUGUUGCUGGACAAGGCGGAACUGACCCGGCUACAGGAGCGCACCGAGCAGUUGAGCCUGGAGAGGAACGAGCAGAGAGAUCUAUACUGUCAGGCCCGCCAGCAUCACGUCAAGCUCAUUCAUGACCGCAAGGAUACGGAAGCUAAGAUCCACACUCUGGAGGAGCAGUGCAGCCAACUGAUGAUGAGGAAGUUUGGGAGGCUGGUGGAUCUGGAGGCUCUGAUGACCCUGUCGGGAAGCAGGACGCUGGAGGAGCUCAAGCAGGAGAAACUCCUCAGAGAAGCUGCAUAUGCCAAGGAAAUCAAACAGUGGGAUGCAAAGGUAGACGAGGCACGUCAGGCUCUGUUGGAGGUGACCAGGUGUAACACCGAGCGUCUCCUCAGCAUGAAGAGCCUCUUGGACCAAAAGAAAGAACUGGAGAAUAAACUCAACGCGAGGCAAAAGAAAAAGGGCCAACAGUUCCGGGACAACAGGAGACGUGAGGACCAGGAGGAGAUUCAGAGGCUUCAGCAGCAGGUGAAAAUACAAUCGCAGCAGGCCGAAGAGUUCAGGAGAGAGAUCUAUCACCUCUCCCUUAAAGGGGUCCACGUCCUGCCCCCCAACCAGGCCCAGAGGCCCCGGCUCACCCCUCUGCUCACCUCAGCACACUGCACCCACACAGCACCAGGUCGUCCUUCCCAACAGGUUAAAGCCCAACAGUCACCCAGCAAACAAGAAGCUAAUUAACUGAGGACACACCAGAAAAAAACAUACAGUUAGAGAGAGAACUCUGCUCAGUGACAGCACUUCCUUAUAAAUUAUUGUUAUUUUUAUGAUUCAAUAAAAUUGAGUGAAUUUGCUUCAGUU